AUCCAUUUAAUCGAUUACUUCUCCCAGCCUAAGCUCUUUCUUUUCAACUUCUCCUCUCUUUCGUGGAACUUCUCACCCUUAUUAUAUCAUAACACAAACAACCUUGUCCACUUCCUCAAUUUUCAUUUAUAUAGACUGCUUCCGUUUCUGCUAUAUAGUUUGAGUUUCAUAUCAUAUCCCUUUAUCACGCUCAUGGGGAUCUGUUUCGCAAAGCCAGAUGAUGGUAAAAAGAAGAUCGCGUCUAGGACCACCACUCCCCCAGUGAAAACGGCAGAAGAAAGUGGUGAGCGCGCACACAACGGUGUGAGGACGGUGAGUUCAUUAGAGGCACCGAGUGGAGAGGUUGUGACGCGGAAACUUAUAGAGUAUACAUUGGAUGAGUUGAAAAGUGCGACAAGAAACUUCAGACCAGACACGGUCCUAGGUGAAGGUGGCUUUGGACGUGUUUUCAGAGGUUGGAUUGACAAGAACACGUUUAAGCCCUCGAGAGUUGGCGUUGGAAUCCCCGUUGCAGUCAAAAAGUCCAACCCCGACAGCCUCCAAGGUCUACAAGAAUGGCAGAGUGAAGUGCAGUUUUUGGGGAAGUUCUCUCAUCCAAACCUGGUUAAACUAAUUGGAUACUGCUGGGAGGAAAAUCAAUUCCUGCUGGUAUACGAAUACAGGCAAAAGGGAAGCCUUGAGAGCCACCUCUUCAGAACAGGAGGCCCAGAUGCACUUUCGUGGGAUAUAAGGAUGAAGAUAGCCAUAGGAGCUGCCAAAGGUCUAGCUUUCUUGCAUACAGCAAAGAAGUCUGUCAUCUAUAGAGACUUCAAGUCUUCCAACAUUUUACUUGAUGGGGAUUUUAAUGCGAAGCUAUCAGACUUUGGGUUGGCGAAGUUUGGCCCUGUCAACGGUAGAUCCCAUGUAACCACGCGGAUAAUGGGCACCUAUGGUUACGCCGCUCCUGAAUACAUGGCUACAGGCCAUCUCUAUGUUAAAAGCGACGUGUAUGGAUUCGGCGUUGUUUUGCUGGAAAUGCUAACGGGCUCUGCGGCGUUGGACACAAAUCGGCCCACGGGUAUGCACAAUUUGGUGGAGUACGCAAUGCCAUCUCUAUAUGACAAAAAGAAGCUAAAACAGAUAAUGGAUCCAAAGAUGGAUCAACAGUAUGAAUUAAGGGCCGCAUUUCAUGUGGCCCAGCUUAUUUUGAAAUGUUUGGAAUCUGACCCAAAAAAACGACCCUCUAUGGAGGAGGUUUUGGGAACCUUGGAAAAAGCCCAAAGCAUAAAAUGCAAGCCCAAAGGGAAGAAGAAGAAAUGCAAUGCGGUGCGUCAACGUCAAAUGUCACCACCGGUUCAUUACAACAAGACGCCAAGUCAUUCUCCUCGACAGUGCUAGUAUAUUUAUUAUAUACCGUUUAUUUUUUAAGCAGUUAUGUUGUUAAUGAAUUUGGUAAAUAUCAUUUCGAUUAUGCUUUUUGUGCACAUAUGUAUUUUUUUAAAAUUUUAUAUUAGCUGUAAACUCUCAUGAUGAAUCGUCAAAUUUAUACCGUAUUUGGACA